CCUAAUCCUUAUGGCAUCUUAGGAAUAAUUCUGACACACAUGCAGGGCAUCAGUAGUUUCUCGACAGGUCUUGUAGGUACCGUAGAACCUCAACAACCUCGCCAUCUUCCGAAGAGGAAUCAGAGAGCUUACGGUGGGGCAGCCUCGCCGAGGGAGAUCAGUCAGUAGGCGGCGCCGGAGUAAUGGGGGAACUGGCCGCUGCGGUGACUCUGGAGAAGCAGCGACUCACAGCAGAGGGGGAGGAGGCGGCGGAUGGGAAGAGCUCUCGGAACUUAGUGGUUGCGGUGCAGCCAAAGCCUAAGAAAGGACUGGUUUCGUCGGCGGUGGAUUUUCUCGAGAGAUUCAUUGUCUAUCUUAUGCACGAUUCCUCGAAGCCGCUCCUUUAUCUCUCCGGUAAUUUCGCUCCCGUCCGCGAUGAAACCCCACCCUCCGCAGCCGUCUCAGUCCAUGGAUCCUUACCGGUGUGCUUGAAUGGUGAGUUUGUCAGAGUUGGCCCUAAUCCCAAGCUUCCACCAGUUGCUGGAUACCAUUGGUUUGAUGGAGAUGGAAUGCUUCAUGGCUUGCGUAUCAAAGAUGGAAAAGCAGCUUAUGUUUCUAGGUAUGUUAAGACGUCCAGGCUUAAGCAAGAAGAAUAUUUUGGAAGAGCAAAAUUUAUGAAGAUUGGGGACCUCAAGGGAUUAUUUGGUCUAUUUAUGGUUCAUAUGCAACUUCUUAGGGAAAAACUCAAAGUAUUGGAUGUUUCAUAUGGAACUUCAACAGCAAACACUGCUCUGAUUUACCAUCAUGGUAAACUUCUGGCUUUAUCCGAAGCUGAUAAACCAUAUGUAAUCAAAGUUUUAGAAGAUGGAGACCUGCAAACUCUUGGAAUGCUUGAUUAUGACAAGAGGCUUGCACACUCAUUUACGGCCCAUCCAAAAGUUGAUCCAUUUACUGAUGAGAUGUUUACAUUUGGUUAUUCACACAAACCACCUUAUAUUACUUAUCGGGUCAUUACAAAGGAUGGUGUUAUGCACAAUCCUGUACCAAUAACAAUUCCUGAGCCUAUUAUGAUGCAUGACUUCGCUAUCACUGAGAAUUUUGCAGUUUUCAUGGAUCUUCCUUUGUGUUUCCGACCAAAGGAAAUUGUGAAGGGAAAGUUCAUAUUUACAUUUGAUCCAACAAAGAAGGCGAGAUUUGGUGUGCUUCCCCGAUAUGCAAAAGAUGAGCAACUGAUUAGAUGGUUUGAUCUUCCUAAUUGCUUCAUAUUUCAUAAUGCAAAUGCCUGGGAAGAAGGAGAUGAAGUUGUUCUUAUUACUUGUCGCCUUGAGAAUCCUGAUCUGGACAUGGUCAACGGAGCUGCAGAAGAUAGACCAGACAAUUUCACUAAUCAACUGUAUGAGAUGAGGUUUAAUCUGAAAACGGGUGCAGCUACUCAGAAGGAAUUGUCAGCACCUGCAGUGGAUUUUCCUAGAAUUAAUGAAAACUACACUGGCAGGAAACAGCGAUAUGUCUAUGGUCUCAUUCUUGGCAAUAUUGCCAAGGGGAAGGGCGUUGUAAAGUUUGAUUUGCUUGCUGAGCCUAAAGCUGGGAAAAGAGAGCUUGAGGUUGGUGGAAAUGUGCUAGGCAUUUUUGACUUGGGACCAGGAAAGUUUGGAUCAGAGGCAGUUUUUGUGCCUCGUGAAGCUGGGACCACAAUUGAGGAGGAUGAUGGCUACUUGAUGUUUUUUGUACAUGAUGAAAACACUGGGGAAUCUAAAGUCAAUGUAAUUGAUGCAAAGACGAUGUCUCCUAAACCUGUGGCAGUUGUGGACUUGCCCUCCAGAGUGCCUUACGGAUUUCAUGCGUUCUUCGUCAACGAGGAACAAAUUCAGCAGCAACAAGCAUAAAUGUGAUAAAAGUGACCUUGAAAAUU